AUGGCACAUACUCAUUCUCAUUCCCGCUCCCGCUCAUACUCUAACUCUCACACAACAACCCACACCAGGCAACUCUACCCCGAAACCCUCCGACGAAUCCACCUCGUCCUCCGCACCAUCGGUCUCGGCCUUGCCAUCGCCCUCCUCGUCGUAGCCAUCAUCCUAACAACCCGCACAGGCGACACGCCGCCCAUCACGUACGUGGCCGUGAUCUGGUCGUUACUGCUCAACCUGUUCGAUUGGACGUGUUUACUGCUGCGUGGACGCAUCCCGCCGGGGGCGUUGAUGUCACUGGAUUUGAUUGCGGUGGGGUUGUUGGUUGGGGGCGUGAUUAAUUUGGCUGUUGUGAAUUAUAGGGGAGAUGGAGAUGUGGAUGUGGGUGGGAAGGAUGGGAAUUUGGUGGUAGCGGAGAGGUGGUUGCAGGGAAUCUUGAUGUAUGUAUUUCUCUAUUCUUUGGUUGUGACUCUGAAACCCCAAGUCCUCGGCUGCUAUAGUUUCUCACCUGAUUCGAAAUCACGCUUCGAGUUGUGGAGAGCUGUAAUAUUGUCAUGGGAUGUGGAUGAAGAGCGAUAUUGA